GCGCGACGCGCUCUUCGCGGCGCUGGGCAGGACCUACACUGAUGAAGAAUUUGAUGAGCUUUGCUUUGAGUUCGGUUUGGAGCUUGAUGAAGUUACAUCUGAAAAAACUAUUAUAAGUAAAGAACGAGGCGAUGAAAAGGCUGAGGGGGCAUCUGACACCAUUCUCUAUAAAAUUGACGUUCCUGCCAACCGUUAUGAUCUCCUUUGCCUUGAAGGACUGGUCCGAGGACUGCAAGUCUUUAAAGAAAGGAUAAGUAUCCCUAGGUACAGAAAGAUCGUGCCAGCUAAGGGUGAAGGUCAAAGGCUGAUUAUCACUGAAGAGACUGCCAGAAUCCGUCCUCAUGCUGUUGCUGCAGUCCUCCGUAACAUAACCUUUACCAAAGAACGUUACGAUAGUUUCAUUGAUCUCCAAGAAAAACUCCACCAAAAUAUUUGCAGGAAAAGAGCAUUAGUAGCAAUUGGUACUCAUGACUUGGACACUAUCACUGGUCCAUUUACUUACACAGCUAAGGCACCUUCUGAAAUUAAAUUCAAGCCCUUGAAUCAAUCUCAGGAAUACACAGCUUCACAACUUAUGGAUCUGUACAGGACUGACAGCCACCUUCGACACUAUUUGCACCUAAUUGAAGACCUGCCACUUUAUCCUGUCAUUUAUGACAGCAAUGGUGUUGUUCUGUCCAUGCCACCAAUCAUCAAUGGAGAUCAUACAAAAAUAGGUCUAAACACCAAAAAUGUCUUCAUUGAAUGCACAGGCACCGAUAUUACAAAGGCAAAAACUGUCCUUGAUAUUCUAGUCACAAUGUUCAGUGAAUAUUGUGAGAAGCCAUUCAGUGUUGAGGCAGCAGAAGUGGUUUAUCCUAAUGGGAAGGCCCACAUAUAUCCAGAACUGGCUUACCGAAAAGAGAAGGUGAAACCUGAGUACAUUAACAAAAAAAUUGGAAUCAGUGAAACUCCAUCAAACCUUGCAAAGCUGCUGACUAGGAUGUGCCUCAAGUCACACAUCAUAGGGAAUGGGAGCCAUAUCGAGGUUGAAAUCCCUCCCACCAGAGCGGACGUUAUCCACGCAUGUGAUAUCAUGGAAGAUGCAGCAAUAGCUUAUGGUUAUAACAACAUUCAGAUGACUAUUCCAAAAAUGUACACCAUAGCUAAUCAACUCCCUCUCAAUAAGCUGACAGAACUUCUCAGACUGGACUUGGCAGCUGCUGGAUUCACUGAAGUUCUCACUUUUGCCCUGUGUUCUCAAGAAGAUAUUGCAGAUAAACUUGGCAUGGAUAUCUCUGCAACAAAAGCAGUAAAGAUAGCAAACCCCAAAACUGCAGAAUUUCAGGUGGCACGGACAAGCCUCCUUCCUGGACUGCUGAAAACUAUUGCUGCCAAUCGGAAGAUGCCCUUGCCCCUGAAACUCUUUGAGAUUUCUGACAUUGUAGUAAAAGAUGACACUGCAGACGUAGGGGCAAGAAACCACCGGCACCUCUGUGCCCUUUAUUACAACAAGAACCCAGGGUUUGAGAUCAUCCAUGGUUUGCUGGACAGACUCAUGCAGCUUCUGGAUGUACCGAACGAAGAGAACGGAUACGUGAUCAAGGCAGCAGAAGGCUCUGCUUUCUUUCCUGGUCGCUGUGCUGAGGUCAUUGCCAAAGGUCAGAGCAUUGGGAAACUUGGAGUCCUACACCCUGAUGUUAUCACCAAAUUUGAGCUCACCAUGCCGUGCUCUGCCCUGGAGAUCACUAUUGAACCUUUCGUGUGAAGGCAGGGUUUUUAUCGCCCUACCCUUGACCACUGUCGCAUGCAGCACCCUCAGCUCUUCUGUCUUUCUCUGCAGGGAACCUCUGCUUGGGCUUUUAUGUUUUAAUAAACUA